AUGUCUUCUAUAAAACUCAAUAAGAAGAAACAACCACUGAUUGCAAAUUUCUUCAACCCUAGUCCAAAGAAUAGAACUUCAACCGCUAUAUCUUCAUCAUCGUCCAAAUCGAUACCCACCACGACCCCGGAAAAGAUAGCAAAUGCUAGAGCAAACUCGUUUUUAGCGAGGGCAAAUUCAUCAAAUGGAGGAGCAUUUGAUGAAUUGAUUUCUUCAGAUACUUCAUUUGAAUCACCUGAAGUUAAUAAUUUCAGAAAUCCAAGUCUAGCAAGAUCCUUAUCUUCAAUCUCCACUGCCACCAAUACGACGUCAUUCUCUCAAUCCAUCGACUUAACCAGAGAUGUGGUUGAUUUGACUGACGAUCAAGACAUUCCUAAUCCUAGAAGUAGUCCCAUCGCUAGUAGAACUGCCUCCAGCCGGAACCCUUCUAUCACUGCAUCUUCAUCUACAUCAACAAAUAUACGGCCCGUUAAAAGAGGACAUUCUGAAAUCUUGAAUGUUCUUGAUGGGAAUUCUAGAAAGGCUCCAAAGCGAGUCAACUUGGCCUCGUAUAGAUCUUCAUUAACCACAUCUCCAUUCAUGGAUUUCACUAAUACAGAUAUACCAUUGAGUGAGGAACAGAAAAAGGUAAUUAAGUUGAUUGUGGGGGAAAGAUUGAAUGUCUUCUAUACUGGUAGUGCUGGUACUGGUAAAUCUGUUGUUUUAAAAGAAUUGGUUAAAAGAUUAAGAGAGAAAUAUUCAAUUACAAAAGUGGGUGUUACAGCAUCUACAGGGCUUGCUGCAUGUAACAUUGGUGGUCAAACACUCCAUAGAUAUUUGGGGAUUGGUAUUGGAGAGGGUACUCCAGAAAAAUUGGCUUCCAACAUUAAAAAAAAUCCAACUAAUAACAAGAGAUGGCAGGGGAUAAAAGUAUUAAUUAUUGAUGAAAUUUCAAUGAUUGACGGUCUUUUGUUCGAAAAAUUGAACAUUUUGGGUAAAAUCUUAAGAAAAUCUGACCAACCAUUUGGAGGUAUUCAAGUUAUUUGUACUGGUGAUUUCUAUCAACUUCCACCAGUGACAAAGAAUGGAGCAACCCCUAAAUUCUGUUUCCAAACUAAUGCAUGGACAGAAACUAUUCAAAAGACUGUAUUACUUACUGAGGUGUUUAGACAAAAGGGUGAUACUGAACUUAUUGAUAUGUUGAAUGCAGUUAGACAUGGAGAUACCAGUAUGAUUUCAAGUUUUGCCAAGUUAGCCCGUAGAGUCAAUUAUGACGAUGGUAUUGAACCAACAGAAUUGUACCCCACUAGAAGAGAAGUUAAGGCUGCAAAUGAUAGUAGAUUACGAAAUCUUCAAACUAAGGCUAAAGUGUAUAUAGCUGAUGAUAGAGGAGAUGUUAGAUUUAGAGACUCUCUUGAAAGUUUGAUGUGUGAGAAGGAACUUAUUUUGAAAGAGGGGGCUCAAGUUAUGUAUCUUCGAAAUCUUGACGAUGACAUUGUUAAUGGAUCCAUUGGAACUGUCAUGUAUUUUUUAACAUUAACGCUAUGGGAAAAGGUUUUAGCAUUGUAUGGGGAAGAUGCACUUCAAAAAGAUAGUUUAGUCAUUGCUGAAAUGAAACUCUUAUCAUCACUUGGAGCAAAGAAUGGAAUUAAAAAUGAAGCAAAUCCAACUCAAAUAUAUGAAAGUGGAGUUGUAAAUGCUGAAUGGGAUGAAGAAUCAAGACAAUUAUUUGAGAAAUUACCUCGUGAAAGACAAACUAGAAUGCGGGAAUUAUGUAAUUUAGCAGUCACCGAUAGAAAGUCUGAAUGGCUCCCAGUGAUCAAAUUCAAUGUACGGAAUGGAGAACUGAGAAUGUUAUGUGUUCAAAGAGAAGAAUUUAAAGUUGAUUUAGUUCAAGGACGUCUGGGAAAUAGCGAGGACAAUGUUUUGAGUAGGUCACAAUUACCCUUACUUUUGUCUUGGGCGCUCUCCAUUCAUAAAGCCCAAGGUCAAACAAUUAAUCGACUCCGGGUGAACUUAAGAACAGUUUUCGAAAAGGGGCAAGUUUAUGUCGCCCUUUCAAGAGCAACUUGUAAAGAAACUCUCGAAAUUGUCAACUUCAACGCCGAUAAAAUCAAGGUUGCUGAUGUGGUUAGAGACUUCUACAAUAAGUUGGAAAAGAUGUAG